GAAGGCAAAUGAGUGAAAAGCUCGUGAUUCGAUAACACAUCUUUUUUCAACACCCACAGUACACCAGCACCUCCAUUAUAGAGAGAAGACGCACACAAAUUCACAACACCAACACAAAGACCCAACCAAGCUCGUGAACAAGAUAAAAAGAAAACUCUCUCUCUCAUUGGUUGAUUUCGAGGGAAGAGAGAGAUUGCAAUUUGUAGCGACAAUGGCUUCAGCAAUGCGGUUCUCUGCGGAUUCUACCAGAACCGAGGCGUUUCCUCGCUGCAAUUCCAUCUCCGGAUUCAUCGGUGUCGCUUCGAGAUCUUCAUCCAAAUCGAAGUUUCUUUUCGUCAGAAGGAACGUGAACUUGAACCUCAGGAGGAGUUGUUUCUCCUUGACGUGCGUCUCUGGUAGUGAGGCUAAGCAGAAGCUGCAAGAUCCUGUGCCUCAACAAGAAGCUACAACCUCUCUCAAGUCCUUCACACCAGAUGCUUCAUCUAUUGCCUCAAGUAUAAAGUACCAUGCAGAGUUCACUCCAUUGUUUUCUCCAGAGAAUUUUGAGCCACCGCAGGCUUUCUUUGCAACUGCACAGAGUGUUCGGGAUGCUCUGAUAAUAAACUGGAAUGCUACUUAUGAUUACUAUGAGAAGCUGAAUGUUAAGCAGGCAUAUUACCUUUCAAUGGAAUUUUUACAGGGCAGAGCAUUAUUAAAUGCAAUUGGAAAUCUAGAGCUAACUGGUCCCUAUGCUGAGGCUUUGAGCGAGCUUGGGUAUAAAUUAGAAAAUGUGGCAUACCAGGAGCCAGAUGCUGCACUUGGAAAUGGUGGUCUUGGGCGUCUUGCUUCAUGUUUCUUGGACUCUUUGGCAACGUUGAACUAUCCAGCAUGGGGUUAUGGAUUGAGAUACAAGUAUGGCUUAUUUAAACAGCGAAUAACCAAAGAUGGGCAGGAGGAAGUUGCUGAAGAUUGGCUUGAGAUGGGCAAUCCCUGGGAGAUUAUUAGAAAUGAUGUCUCAUAUCCUAUUAAGUUCUAUGGCAAGGUUGUGUCAGGAUCAGAUGGUAAAAAACAUUGGAUUGGAGGAGAAGAUAUAAUAGCUGUUGCACAUGAUGUUCCCAUACCAGGAUAUAAAACCAAAACUACAAUCAACUUGAGACUUUGGUCUACAAAAGCUGCUUCAGAAGAAUUUGAUUUAUAUGCUUUUAAUGCUGGAAGGCACACUGAAGCAUAUGAGGCUCUAGCAAAUGCUGAAAAGAUAUGCUAUAUACUUUAUCCUGGGGAUGAAUCAAUGGAGGGCAAGAUCCUUCGUCUCAAGCAACAAUAUACUUUAUGUUCUUCUUCUCUUCAAGACAUUGUUGCGCGUUUUGAGAGAAGAUCAGGAGCAAGUGUAAAUUGGGAAGAAUUUCCUGAAAAGGUUGCAGUGCAGAUGAAUGAUACUCACCCAACCUUGUGCAUCCCAGAGCUGAUGAGAAUCUUAAUAGAUGUAAAGGGUUUAAGUUGGAAGGAUGCUUGGAAUAUUACACAAAGAACUGUAGCAUAUACAAAUCAUACUGUUCUUCCUGAGGCAUUAGAGAAGUGGAGCUUGGACCUUAUGCAGAAACUGCUUCCACGCCAUAUUGAGAUUAUUGAAAUGAUUGAUGAAGAGCUGAUUCAGACCAUAAUCACAGAAUAUGGCACAGCAGAUUCAGACUUGCUGGAGAAAAAGUUAAAGGAAAUGAGAAUACUAGAAAAUGUUGAAUUGCCUGCAGAAUUUGCAGAUGUACUGGUUAAGUCCAAAGAGGCCAUUGAUAUUCCUAGUGAGGAGCUGCAAAAUUCUGAACAAGAAGUGGAAAAACAAGAAGAUAAUGAUGAAGUGGAAGAAGCAACUGCUAAAAAGAAUGGAACAGAUGAAAGUUCCAUUGAGGAUAAGACAGAAGAGUUGCCUGAGCCAGUACCUGAUCCACCAAAAUUGGUUCGUAUGGCCAAUCUAUGUGUUGUGGGUGGUCAUGCAGUGAAUGGGGUUGCAGAGAUACAUAGUGAAAUUGUAAAAGAUGAAGUGUUCAAUGCAUUUUAUAAGUUGUGGCCUGAGAAAUUCCAAAACAAAACAAAUGGUGUGACACCAAGGAGAUGGGUCAGGUUCUGUAAUCCAGAUCUGAGUAAAAUAAUAACUGAGUGGAUAGGCACAGAGGAUUGGGUCCUAAAUACCGAAAAAUUGGCUGAACUACGGAAGUUUGUAGACAAUGAGGAUCUACAAGUGCAGUGGAGGGAAGCAAAGAGGAGUAACAAAGUUAAAGUUGCAGCAUUCAUCAGAGAGAAAACAGGGUAUUCUGUCACUCCUGACGCUAUGUUUGACAUCCAGGUGAAGAGAAUCCAUGAAUAUAAGCGACAACUAUUGAACAUAUUAGGAAUUGUUUACCGCUACAAGAAGAUGAAAGAAAUGAGUGCUGCAGAAAGGAAAGCAAAUUAUGUUCCCAGGGUCUGUAUAUUUGGGGGAAAAGCAUUUGCUACAUAUGUGCAAGCCAAGAGAAUAGUGAAAUUUAUUACAGAUGUUGGGGCUACAAUAAAUCAUGAUCCAGAAAUAGGAGAUCUACUUAAGGUUGUUUUUGUCCCUGAUUACAAUGUCAGUGUUGCUGAGAUGCUUAUUCCAGCAAGCGAAUUGUCACAGCAUAUCAGUACUGCUGGAAUGGAAGCAAGUGGAACAAGCAACAUGAAAUUUGCAAUGAAUGGCUGCAUACUGAUUGGAACUUUAGAUGGGGCCAAUGUUGAAAUAAGAGAAGAGGUUGGUGAAGACAACUUCUUCCUCUUUGGUGCUAAGGCUCAUGAAAUUGCUGGGCUAAGGAAAGAGAGAGCUGAGGGAAAGUUUGUCCCUGAUCCACGAUUUGAAGAAGUUAAAGAAUUUGUGAGGAGUGGUAUUUUUGGGCCUUACAACUAUGAUGAAUUGAUGGGAUCCUUAGAAGGAGACGAAGGUUUUGGUCGAGCAGAUUAUUUCCUUGUGGGCAAGGACUUCCCCAGCUACAUAGAAUGCCAAGAAAAGGUUGAUGAAGCUUAUCGGGACCAAAAAAAGUGGACAAGAAUGUCAAUAUUGAAUACAGCAGGCUCGUACAAGUUUAGCAGUGACCGUACCAUUCAUGAAUAUGCCCGAGAUAUAUGGGACAUUGAACCAGUCAAUUUGCCGUAGAGGAGUAAUGACAUACUCGAUGAAUAGCAGAGAAUUGGUGCCACGACGUUGUGAGGAUCACUGCUUUAGCUUAAUUUCUCGUACCAAAAAAUAAACAUAAAUUUUGUAUAGAGGCUUUUCGGCUGCGCAGUUGGCCAAAAUAAACUUUGCAGUCUGUAAUAUAUAUGUAUUAUGUGUACCACAUAAACCAGACCUGUCUAAUAAUGAAUAUCAUAUUAUUUUAUAU